AUGUUCUAAGAGAGUUCAUAAAUAAUUAAAGGUUCUUCAAAUAGCUUUGGUGGCUGCUUAAAUUUUAUUAACACUUUUCAGACCAAUUAACCAUCUUAAGUCUCCAUUUCAUAAAAUACAUUUAUAUAAUGCAAAAGUAAAUAUUUAGGAGGCGCAAUAUCAGGAAUUUCAGCUAUUGGUUAUGAAAAUUAAUUUAUUGAUUGUAAUAGCUAAAUAGGAGGUGCUAUAUAUUUUAUUUAAUAAAGCUAUGUCAUAGAUUCAAAUUAAUUUUCUGGAAAUACAGGUUACUUAGCAGCUAAUGAUUAUAACUAAUAAGCUCUAAAAAUAAAAAUUGAAGAAAUUUUAGAAAUAAAUAAUAACAAUCAAAAUAAUUCAAAUGUAUUUAUAAAAACUGACCAAUAUUUAUACCCUGGUUUGAUUUAUAUUAUAAGACUUUCAAUUGAACUAGAUGGAAACUUGUAUGAUCAAUACACUGAUAAAAAUAAUUUUGGUAAUCUUUACAGUUUUCUAGUCUCACCUUCUAAUAAUUUCGUACCUAAUAUUCCUGCCCAGCUCUUUUCUAUAAAUUAUCCCUUCCUAGUAUGGUCAGCUUAAGAUGUAUAGUUUAAUGGUAAACAAGCAAUAGAUUUAGAAGAUAUUCGCAUUUUCUUAGCCUAAUUAUAAACUUUAAGAACAAGUUAGUAUAAAAUAUACAAUGGAUGUAAAGAGCAAGGAAUGGAAAAAAUCUAUUUAAAUAACCAGUAAAAUAAGUUCUUCAUAUGUAAGUACUGCGAGCAAACAAAGGUUAGCUACUACGGAGUAUGUCAAAAUUGCUAACCAGACUAAUUCUCAUAGUGUUAUGGAAAUUACUCAGAACUAAAACAAUCUUAUUGGAGAUCUAAAUAUUCUGUAGAUUAAUAAGAUAUUUUUUAUUGCACAAAUAAUCCUGAAAGUUGUUAAGGAGGUAGUGGAAUAGGAAAUUAGCUUUGUUAUGAAGGUCAUGUAGGAGCUUAGUGUUUAAACUGUGAUAUUUAUGGUACCUAUUGGAAUGAAAAAUAUUCUAUAAUGGGCUUCUUUUAAUGUGUAAAGUGUAAUUCAAUAUCUUUAAAUACAUUUAAGAUUACAGUGUUAAUUGUUGUGCUGGUGUUAAGUCUCAUUUUAAUUUUAAUUUCAACAUUUAAAAAGCUCAAAAACGAAAUUUAUGCUCUUUAUUUAUCUAAAAUGUAAAUUUUUUUCAUAGGAAAAACAAUUUAAAAAUAAACACUGACUUCUACUUACAUUAAGAUCUUACUAUUUCAUAUUUAAAUCUAUUUCAUAUCAAGUCAAUUCACAAAAGUUGAUAUAAUUUCCUCUUUUUUAGAGUUUUAAUUCUUAUUUUACAAUCCCUUAAGUUCCCCUUUCUUCUCUUUAGACUGCUUAAUUUCUCAGUAUAAACCUGAAUCUGUGAGUAUGGGAUAUACAGAUCUCCUUAUUACAUUUAUUAUACCAUUAUUGAUUAGCUCAAUUACCAUUUUUAUAUCAACAAGUAUAUUUAUUUUGAAAAGAAAGCUAUUCAGAAGGAGUCUUUAUGCAACUCUCCUUACUUCUGUAUACAUAUUUAUGAUAGUUUUUUACUCAAUUCUAUUAGAAAAGACUUUAUCUAGUUUCUUUUGUCUAAACCUUGAUAAGGAUAAAUAUUAUUCUCUUAUUGAUCUUAGUCUAGAAUGUGGAAAUUCUUCAUAGCUCUAAAAAAUUUAAAAUCUAAGCUUAGUGAUAUUAAUCUUAUUUCUGAUAACUUUGCCUACAAUAGUUUUUUUUAAAUUGUUUUAAUCUCGCAAGAGAUUGAAAAAAUUAAAUUUUUCUAUUGGGAGAUGA